AUCAGUUUAAAGCAUUGGUUUGCUCUUUUACAAUUACUAGGUGAAGAAACCUAUGAUUUAAAAAUUAAUUACAAAUUAACAAAAGAUCACAUUCAGCCAAAAUAUUAUCAAAAGAUGAAUGUUGCAUUAGCAUUUCAAUUUUUUCAUAUUUAUGAGGCUCUGAUUAUUUGCGAAAAUAGGCAUGAAGACCUCGAGGAUUGCGAGGGUACUAUAAAGUUUUGUGAAAGAAUAACAAAGCUCAUUAGAGCCAUGAAUAGUAGAACAGCUUUUAGCGCUAUGACAACUGAUAACGAAUCCUGGAAGAUUAUAGAAGAUUUCUUGAAAUAUUUAGAAGAAUGGAAAACUGUAGCAAAAGAAAAAAAUUAUGAAUGUCUUUCGGACAAUUGUUCUUAUGGAUUGAAAAUUUCCCUCAAAGCAUCGUUGGAAAUAUGUGAAUUUCUCAUUACGAAGUGUAAUUUCAAAUACCUCAUGACCGCGCGUUUAAAUCAAGACAGUCUCGAAGUAACUUUUUUUCCUUUCUAUUAUGCCAAAAACACGGCCAUUGCAUUCGAUUUUUCGGGAUGAUGCGUGAUUGCUGUGGGUCAAAUGACCAUCCAGACUGUUCCCUUUUCAUUCAAGUAUAUAAAUUGGUAUCAACUUAUUCGUUGAUUAAACCACCUAAGGGAUGUAACGUUACUGGUGAAGAGAUGUUCGAAGUUUUGUUUAGCCUGAAGGAUUUGGAUAAUGAAGAUGAGCGAAAGGAACAGUGGGAAGCAAUUGUUGACAGUAUUCUAGACAGAGGAUCUGGAUCAGAAGUUCUUAGUGGGGACAUACUUGCCUUGGUGGAUCAUCGAUAUUCACAAUCUGAUUUGUCUGAAUAUGUUUUGAGCUAUAUUGCUGGUUAUGUUUGCAGAAAAGCUUCUCGGUUCGCCAUGUUUUCUGAAAAUAAAAAACCUGUGAUAUGUAACGAUUGUUCAGCAAAUUUGGUAUCGUCACCAAGUGAAGAAACACCAGAACGUCACAAACUAAUUCUUCUAAAAACGAGAGGAUUUCUAAAGCAUCCAUCAGUUAAAUUAUUUUAUUUAAUUUCUGUACUGGAGUAUGCCACUAUGGAAACAAUUUCAAAAGAUGAAAUAAAUGUGGAUACUCUUUUUGCUAUUACUCUGAAAUUAGAAGAAUUGACUCCGAUACCUUUUGUUGGCUGUGAAAAGCAUCAAGAAGCCGUUACCAAGCAAGUUGUUAUAUUUUAUCUAACGACACGGAUGUUUUUCUUAUGCAAACGAAGCAAUGAUAUACAUAGUAAAGAAACGAAACAAACCAAAGAGAAGCGCAAGGCCGCAAAAUUAACAAAUGUGAUAGAAAGCAAUUCAAACGAUGAAAUGGAGAUAAAUUGCUGUGAUGAUGAAACAAAAAUUGCGAAAAGAAAGAGCCGUAAAAGGAAAUCGACUACCAUCG